AUGGCACAGCACAAAGGGCUUGACACGCCCAACCACCCAAGGCAGCGCUCCUCACGGACAACCUCCCUCUCACGCCGCCUCCUCUCCGCCUUCCUUUUCACAACAACCAUCACCACUCCCUUCGGCGUCCACGCCUACACCCCCCUCUCAACCUGCAGCCUCCAACACAUCCCCUCCGCGCCCCCCUCUGACUUCGACAUCCACCCCGAGUCCAACUCCCUCCUCGCCCCGAUCCUCAUCCCCCGCGUCCCAGGAACCGAAGGCUCCCGCCUGGUCCAAAAUCACUUUGUCGAUUUUUUUAGUACUCAACUCCCCGACUGGACUUUAGAAUGGCAGAACUCGACCUCCACCACUCCCGUAACGGGAGACCAGCAAAUCCCGUUUGCGAAUUUGAUUUUACGGAGGGACCCACCUUGGGUCAAGGGGGAUGCGAAAAAGGAAGGGAACGUGAAGAGGUUGACGCUCGCGGCGCAUUAUGAUUCACUGUACCGGCCGGAGGGGAGGAAGGAGAUGGUGGAUAGUAGCGGGUUAGAGGAAGAGGAAGAGGAAGAAGACGAGGAUAUUAAGGGUGUCCAGAUUGUGUUGUUUGAUGGUGAGGAGGCAUGGGAAAGGUGGACGAGUACGGAUUCGACUUAUGGUUCCAGAGCACUAGCCGAAGCCUGGGAAUCCUCGCCCUACGAGGCCUCAUCAACCCACUCCAACCGGCUGGAAUCCAUCAGCCUGCUCGUACUCCUUGACCUCUUGGGGGCGUCCAACCCCCGGAUCCCCUCUUACUUCUGGGACACGCACGGCGCAUACGGAAACCUGGCGAAAAUCGAAGACAGACUACGAAAUCUGGGGCUUUUGGAAACGGCUCCCGCUUCUCCCUUCCUGCCGGAUAGGAAGAAACCGUAUAAUCGGUUCACGAGGGGGUAUAUACAGGAUGAUCAUGUCCCGUUCAUGGAACGCGGUGUAAAGGUCUUGCAUGUCAUACCCACGCCGUUUCCGCCGGUGUGGCAUACCAUGAUGGACGAUGGGCAACAUCUGGAUUUGCCGACUGUGAGGGAUUGGGCUAAGAUCAUGACGGCGUUUGUGGCGGAGUGGAUGGAUCUCGAUGGGGUGCUUGCGCAGGGAAGUUGUGAUGUGGAAGAGAAGAAGGGUAGUGAGGGCGGCAUGGAGAAAGAUGAGCUUUAG